CGAUCUUUCGCCAUUUCCGGUCCUAAAUCCGGCCGGUCAACACACACACGACUGCGGGACCCAAAGCUCGGAACCCUUUUCUUGGUCGGCUUACACACGUUACCCGUACAUCAACAAUCUAUUCUAUACAACCAACACCCACCGGAGAGACAGAUUUCGAUUUCCAAUCUCUCUCUAGCUGGACCAGAUGCACAUCACAAGAUUUCAACAAGAAACCCUAGAUCAAUGCCGAGACCUGGACCAUCCACGACAAUAGUCAUACCCAAUUUCAUAGACCCUACCCAUGGCCAAACAGUCAUCUUCAACAUUCUUCUUCCAGAAGAAAACGCGGUGGCUUUUGCUACUCUUGGCCAUGUUAUCCGUCUCUACGGCGGUGGCGUUUAUUAUCAGGGCCGCUUAUGAUUCUUCAUGUGAUCGUCACCUCUUCGAUGUCCCUGCUGUUGGUAAACGCUUUCAAUCGACGGCCAAACCCAAGGCGCCGCCUCCGAUUCAGGUUAAAGUAGCUAGUCCCCUCAGUUUUAUGAAGUCCAGGCUUGUUCUUCUCGUCUCUCAUGAACUAUCUCUUUCAGGUGGUCCAUUGCUUUUAAUGGAACUAGCAUUUCUAUUAAGAGGUGUUGGUGCUGAGGUUUGUUGGAUAACGAUCCAAAAGCCACCCGGAAAAGAUGAGGUGAUAUACAGUUUGGAGAACAAGAUGUUGGAUCGUGGAGUACAGGUCUUCUCUGCUAAGGGUCAAGAAGCUAUAGAUACUGCAAUAAAAGCCGAUUUGGUUGUUCUAAACACUGCUGUUGCUGGAAAAUGGCUGGACGCUGUUCUGAAUAAAGAUGUUCCUCGAGUACUGCCAAAGGUGUUAUGGUGGAUUCAUGAAAUGCGAGGGCAUUACUUCAAACUGGAUUACGUGAAGCACUUGCCAAUGGUUGCUGGGUCUAUGAUCGAUUCCUAUGUAACAGCCGAAUAUUGGAAGAAUAGGACUCAAGAACGCUUAAAGAUUCAGAUGCCAGAAACGUACGUUGUUCACCUUGGCAACAGCAAAGAACUUAUGGACGUUGCUGAAGAUAGUGUGGCGAAAAGGGUUUUGAGGGAGCAUGUUAGAGAGUCCCUUGGAGUGCGUAACGAAGAUAUACUCUUUGCUGCCAUAAAUAGUGUUUCCCGUGGAAAAGGUCAAGAUCUAUUUUUACGCUCAUUUUAUGAGAGCUUACAGUUGAUUCAAGAAAAGAAGCUACAAGUGCCAUCGAUACGUGCAGUAAUUGUAGGCAGUGAUAUGAGUGUCCAGACUAAGUUUGAAACAGAACUGCGGAACUUCGUGGCACAGAAGAAAAUCCAACAUCGCGUUCAUUUUGUCAAUAAAACUCUAACUGUAGCUCCUUAUCUUGCAGCAAUCGAUGUUCUAGUCCAGAAUUCUCAGGGGCGGGGAGAGUGUUUUGGGAGGAUAACAAUCGAAGCAAUGGCAUUCCAACUUCCUGUACUGGGAACAUCAGCCGGAGGCACUGCAGAGAUUGUGGUGAAUGGAUCAACGGGUUUUCUGCAUCCUGCCGGCAAAGAAGGGGUGAGUCCGCUUGCAAAGAACAUGGUGAAACUGGCGACACACGUGGAGAGAAGGCUAACGAUGGGGAAGAGAGGGUAUGAAAGGGUGAAAGAAAGGUUUCUAGAAUAUCAUAUGGCAGAUAGAAUUGCUGGUGUUCUCAAGGAAGUACUGCACAAGGCAAAAGGCCACCAUUAAUCACCUUCAGAGCUAGAAUUUCUCUGUAUAUUGGAUUAUGAUUAUAGUGAGGGAGGAUGGUAUAUGUUUGUUUCUAGAGAUGGAUCAUUAUGUUGUUGGUAGAAAACUAGAAAUGGUAUAUGAAAUUGCAGAUUGUUGUUAA